GUAGCGCUUGCAGCAGUAUCCUCCUCUUCGUCCGAGGGAAAGAAUCGUUUCAUCGACGAGCUCGCAGCGCCGAUGGGCCGGAAACCAGGUUUCCCUGCGGGACGCGCGGAGAACAUGGGUGGAGAUGACUUUGCAGGGGGUGCGCCUACAACCGUGAUGGUACCGGCAUUCGGCGUAGGCUGAGGUGGGGGGCCCAUACUCGUGGCUCCGAUUGAUACAUCUACCGAAUUAGCAUGGACAUUUGCAUUUCCGGCUGCCGCUGCUGCUUGUUCAGCAUGCCUGCCGUUCGUGUGCUUCAGGCUAAUCGGGGCAAUGCGGUCCUUGCCCCCUUCACGGGGAAGCAGCUCCUUCGAUGUCUUGAGCAGAGUCGCCUUCGACAAUGAUAUACUGUCAACGGAAGUCGCUGGAGGUAAACGAUGCUUGGGUUUCGGGCGAUUCAGGGGGCUAUGACUCCUGGAUCUGCUUCUGCUUCGCCCAGGGCUUGAAAUGGACGAGACACUGGGACGCCGUCCACGCCCGCGGCUCUCUGCUGGCGAUCUAGACGAACGAGAAGGCGUACGACGAGAUGGGCGCCCUUGAGGCUUUCGAGGCGUCCGCCUGUCUUCCGGACUCCGACUGCGCCGAUCGGUCAAGCUGGAAUCGCGCUUUCUUCGCUUGGAAGUCUCGGACCAUGCAGGUGAACGACUGCGACUGGUUCGACGGGAGUAAUGAGAUGCAGCUGGCGAACGUGAACGAGAGCGGGAUCUUGAACGCGAAGGGGAUCGCUGGCGGCGCUUCUUAGAGGUUUUGUCAUUUUUUGAGGAAGUCCCGGCAGGUGUGCGCCGAGUCCAAUUGUUUGGUCCCUCGUCGUGGGUACGUUCCCUUUGCUGUUUCCGCGGAUUGAAGUUGUUCCUGUUCUUUUUCGACUUCUUGUUGUUGUAAUUAUUUCGAUAAUUUUGUUGGUUCUUCGGCGUAUAGCUGGACGCCUCUCGAGAACGCCAGGACGCGGCCGGUUCCCAAGAACGAUCCUCCGCCGGCUCCCGAGAGGAAGUUGCAUUGUGUGAGUUACCCCAUUGCCUUCGUGGUGCAUCGGUCCAUCCAUCAUCAUGCUGCGCACUAGGCCGCGUCGAUUGGCGCCAUUCCCCCUCGUAAUCCCUAGGGCGUUCGUACGCGUCGUCGUAUCUGCCCCGUUCGUCGGCCCUGGACCGGCCUCGCUCAGCAUGGUAUUGAUCGCUCCGAGUGUCUUCUGCAUAAACUUCAGGACCUCGAUCGUACCAGUCCCUGGACUCUGUAUAUGACUUCGUCUCGUAGCGGUCAGGCCAUUGAGCAUUUGACGACGAGUGAUGUGCACGCCCAUUCCAACCGCUGUCUUCACGGGGGUCAGGAUGUUCAUACGUCGGCUCCCUCACGCUCCGCCCAAACGGGUCCGAUGACUGAUGUCCAUAUCCGUCUUCGUGCCUCCAGUCGUCGGCGCGACGGGUGGAUGAACUCGGCUCUCUGUCCAAUUCGUACGUUGAAGACGUUCGGUAGCUUUCUGUAGGAUGGGCAUAGCUGUACGACGCCGAAUACUCAUCGACACGGUCAUCUCUGCGGGAGCCACCACGGGUCGUACGGUCUUCGUCGCGACCCUUGUCGCGGUGUCUUCGAGGCCGACCAUAUGAGUUCAUGUCCGCUCAGAGAGGCAAGAACGCUGCUCGACGGGUGAGAGCGACAGUCAAGGGGAGAGCGAGAGAAACGCUCGCGCGUCGUGACAGCGGGACACAAGAGCGAAGUGGAAAUAUUUACUCAGGUCGUCGAGCGCGCCCUUCGAGCCACGCAGAAUGCCAGUUGCCACAAUGUGAUGUUCAGAGAAACGAUGGUUGAGAGCAUAAACGAGGUGAUUGUGAGGUAGUCGUACAGCACAAUCACCAAGGAAGAUUGUAGGGUGACUUGUGAGCUGUGCG